AUGGAAGUAGGAGGAGAAGAGUGGGUUGUGAGGAAACCAAGCCGCAGCGAUGAGGUGUUGGAGGCAGAGGAGCAGUUGAGGAUCGCCAGUAAGAUCAGGGAUCACCUCGACUCCAUGGCACCCAAGCGACCCAUCAAGCCCAACCGCAGCGAAUCAGAUUCUUCUUCUUCUUCUGCUGUUGUGUCUUCCCAGGAGACUGAAAACGUUCCCGAAUUUCACAAGUUCUUAUCCCUCAACUCACAACAAUCUAAUCCGAUCAUUUCUGGAGAGGGAUCACCGUCAGUGCAAGAGGAAUUUGUGGAGACCCACUACUACAAGGAGUUGAUAUCGAUUGACAAACAACAUCACACGACAGGGAAUGGGUUUAUAAGGGUGGGAGAGAGCUUCGAAGAUGGAUAUGGUUUGCAGUUGGAUAGGGGUAGUGACCAUGUGCGAGCGGGAGUGACGACGGCUUUCAGAAGCAAUCCAGCAACAAACGACUGGAUCCCUGGCACUGAAGUAGCAGGAGAGACCAAUUUCGUCUCUUCGAAGCCCAGUAGGAGUGAGAGUUCGUUGGAUGGCUAAACCUCGCAUCCCGUGCAUCUGCAUCUGCAUCUCAAACAGAAGAGGACAUAGAGAGAGUUUCCAUGGACAUCCA